CGAUGGCGUCAAUUUUCGUUUCAAUUAGCACAAUUUUAUACAAUUUUUUCGGAAUUUUUUGAGAUAGGAGAUAGGUUACUACUCACCAAUCGGCGCCAUCGCGAUUCUCUUUGCUCCUUGCGCGAAUGAACGUAUUUCGCUCACGUGGUCCGUCUUUUUCGAUCGAUAAAAACUGUUCAAACGUUUUAUACGUUCUCGUGCUAUGUAAUUUUGAAUAUAUUUUUUUCUUCGGAAUUCAACUCUAACAACAGUUCAAGUGGUACUGACACCGAGACACGUCUACUCUACUACUUGAAGUUGUCGUCAGAGUCCUCGUCAACGCCAUCUAUUUUAUGUCCGCGGCUUCUAAUUUCCCUCUCCCCAGGUCUCCUCUAUAUUCUCGAAAACUUGUCGCAAUUUUGCAAGAUUGGGAAUUACGUGCACUCGCCGAUAAGUCAUCGAAUAUACAUAUUAUCGAGAUAGAUUUGACGAACACAAAUGACUACAAAAGAAUCGUAGAUACGGUCAGCGAAAAAGUAAAUGGCGCUGGUCUCAACCUUCUCUUCAAUAAUGCUGGUGUUUCCAGCAAAUUCACGCGCCUUGGUCUUGUGAAGGAGCAGCAAAUUAUAGACGCUUUUCUAAUAAAUACCAUGGCACCUAUUAUGCUCACAAAAGCUUUUCUACCACUAUUGAAAACGGCUACAAAACAUGCCAAGGACAAAGCUGAAUUAAGCGUAAGAAAAGCAGCUGUCAUCAAUAUGACUUCUAUUUUAGGCAGCAUUGCUGAAAAUAAUGACGGCGGUUUUUAUCCCUAUAGAUGUAGUAAGGCGGCGCUUAAUGCGGCGACCAAAUCGAUGAGCAUCGAUCUGAAAACAGAUGGAAUUUUAGUGGCAUGUUUGCACCCUGGAUGGGUACGCACCGACCUAGGUGGCAACAAUGCUCCGAUGGACGUCGACACCAGCGUCAAUAAUAUUCUAAACACCUUGAAUUCAUUGACAAAAGAGCAUACCGGUUGUUUCGUUCAGUAUGAUGGUAAAAUACUACCCUGGUAAUAAUGUGGUAAUGAAAUAAAUUACUUAGGCAAAUAAAAUAUUUUUUAUACAUAAUACAUGUUUUUAUAAUGUGUUGUAUUAAAGAGAUUUAAAUAAUUUAAAUAAUAAAAAUAUACACAUUAAAUAUACAUUGCAAAGGCUUGUUAAACGAA